AUGGUGUCCAAGAUGAAGCGGCUGCCGACGCUGGCCAAGGUGGCCCUGCUCCUCCUCGUCCUGCUCCUCCUCCUCGCCGCCACCCUGCUGCUCAUCUUCCUCGUCCCGCGCCGCCGCACGGCGCCGCUGCCGCCCGCCGCCGCGCCCCCGGCGCCGGCGGACAACUGCUCCUCCGACCGCGCCGUGGCGUUCGACUUCUCCCCGUUCCUCGCCCAGUACAGGGGCGGCUGCGUCCACCGGAUGGACGGCACCGCGCGGGUCCCCGCCGGCGUCGACGCCGCCACCGGGGUCGUCUCCAAGGACGUCGUCAUCGACCACGCGACCGGCCUCGGGGCCAGGAUGUACCUGCCGCCGGCGGAGGGGAAAGGCGGGGGCAGGAAGGAGAAGCAGAAGGACCUGCCGGUGGUGGUGUUCUUCCACGGCGGCGCGUUCGUCAUCAUGACGCCGUUCGAGCCCAAGUACCACGACUACCUCAACGCGCUGGUGGCCAGGGCGCGCGUGGUGGCGGUGUCCGUGGACUACCGCCUGGCGCCGGAGCACCCGCUGCCGACCGCCUACGACGACUCGUGGGCGGCGCUCAACUGGGCCGUCAAGAACGCGGACGCCGGGCCGGAGCCGUGGCUGCGGGACCGGGGGAACCUCUCACGCCUGUUCCUCGCCGGCGACAGCGCGGGCGCCAACAUCGCGCACAACAUGGCGAUGCGGGCCGGGGACGUGAACGGGAGCGGGCUGGAGGGCGGCGCGGGCGUCCUGGGCGUGCUGCUCCUGGACCCCUACUUCUGGGGGAAGCGGCCCGUGGGCGCGGAGACGACGGACCCGGCCACGCGGCGGCGGUACGAGGCGACGUGGUCGUUCGUGUGCGGCGGGCGGUACGGCAUCGACGACCCGCUGAUCAACCCGCUGGCGGCGCCGGCGUGGGCGCUGCGGAGGCUGGCGUGCGGCCGCGUGGCGGUGACCACGUCGGGGCUGGACGACUUCGAGGCGCGCGGGGAGGCGUACGCGGCGGCGCUCAACGGCAGCGGGUGGCGCGGCGAGGUGGUGCGGUACGAGACCGCCGGCGAGCGGCACGUCUACUUCCUGGACCAGCCCGGCAGCCCCAAGUCCGCCAGGGAGCUGGCGUUCGCGGCCGCCUACCUCAGCCGGGGCUAG